AUGGGGUGCAUAUGCUCAAAAGAUUGCUCAAGCAAAGACAGAAUUGGUGAAUAUGAGAUAGAAAAAGAGUUGAACAAGUCUUCACUACAAUUGGUUGCUCCUGCUGUCUCAGCUGCCCAAUUAGGUGGCUGUGGCAUGGAUGGUUCAGUGCCCCGUUUGGCUAAGGCAUCAUCACAAAUAUUUCGGGGGUCUUUCAAAGCGCUAUUAGAAGAUAAAAACAGAUACUUAGAAGCCACAAAAAGCCAGCAUCAAAGAUGUAUGACAAUAGGUGCUGGUGUAGGUGAAGGAAAGCCACUAAUGAGUAGAAUACUUAGCGUGUCACGUAGUGCAGGAGGACAUGUUGAUGUUGGAUGGCCAUCAUGGUUAUCUUCAGUGGCAGCAGAAGCCAUCAAAGGUUGGGUGCCACGACGGGCUGACUCAUUUGAAAAAUUAGACCAAAUUGGACAAGGGGCUUAUAGCAGUGUGUAUAAAGCUCGUGACCUUGAAACUGGUAAAAUUGUGGCUUUGAAGAAAGUUCGCUUUUCAUGUACAGAUGCAGAAAGUGUCCGUUUCAUGGCAAGGGAAAUCUAUAUUUUGCGUCAACUUGAUCAUCCUAAUGUCAUGAAGCUUGAGGGUCUUGUCACAUCAAGAACAUCCACCAGUUUGUACCUUGUUUUUGAAUACAUGGAGCAUGACCUUGCUGGAAUAGCAGCUAUACCUGGCCUAAAGUUAACUGAAUCACAGAUUAAAUGUUAUAUGCAGCAAAUGCUUUGUGGGCUUGAACAUUGCCAUGGUCGGGGUGUGCUGCACCGUGACAUCAAGGGUUCAAAUCUUCUUAUUGACCGCAAUGGAAAUCUUAAGAUUGGAGAUUUUGGUCUUGCAACUGUUUAUGAACCUGAUAAAAAGCAGCCAUUGACUAGCCGUGUUGUGACUCUGUGGUAUAGGGCACCUGAGCUUUUGCUAGGUGCUACAGAGUAUGGACCUGCCAUUGACUUGUGGAGUGCUGGUUGCAUUCUAGCGGAAUUGCUUGUGGGGAAGCCUAUCAUGCCUGGAAGAACAGAGGUGGAACAAGUGCACAAGAUUUUUAAGCUUUGUGGUUCCCCAUCUGAAGACUAUUGGCAGAGAACAAAAUUUCCUCAUGCAACAAGUUUUAAACCACAACACCCUUACAACCGCCAAGUCGCCGAAACAUUUAAAAACUUUUCUUCUUCGGCAUUGGCUCUUGUUGAUGAGCUCCUUGCUAUAGAACCAGAAGAUCGAGGAUCUGCAACUUCAGCGCUUAAGAGUGAGUUCUUCACUACAAACCCCCUACCUUGUGAUCCAUCAAGUUUACCAAAGUUUCCAGCAAGCAAGGAGUUUGAUGCCAAGCGUCGAGAGAAGGAAGCAGUCAGGAAAAACACUGAAGCUGUAAAAGGACGUGGGCCGGUAUCAGUUUUAAGGGGAGCAGGAGAUACCAAAGUACUGGUAACACCAGAGUACAAAGAUCGGGGAGAUAUAUCUGUGCUGGGCAAGUCAAAUUCUAGAAGAAUGUCCCCUCUUAAAUAUCAAUCCCAUGAGGAUGAGAAAGAGGAGGAGAGUGAGUCUCGCUACGAUGGUGAUCCAACCGGAGUAUCUCUACAUAAUGGCCGUGCACAUUCUAUCUCAAUGAUGCAGGGCAAUGCAGCAAGACCGUCCUCAUUGAACAAGAAACCAGAAUCAUGUGGGAAGAAACCAGAGUUAAGGACACAAAGUUCUCAUGUGAAUCCGGCAGCAGUAGAUUUCUCUAGCUCUUCUAUAAGAAAGGAACAAGGCAUGUCUGGCCAAGAACCUGGGAUGGGAUAUAUGCCAAAGAAAAAUAGGAUCCACUGCUCUGGACCAUUGAUGCCUCCUGGUGGCAACAUUGAUGACAUGCUUAGAGAGCAUGAGCGAUUAAUGCAAGAUGUUUUCCGUAGUGUCAAGAAGAGCAAUCUGAGAAACGAAAGUCACCUUUAA